AUGGGCUUUGCUAUUAAGAAACCGGCCGAUGCCACUGGCUCGGCCGUGCCGGCAAUUGUGAUCGGCUUGUUCGUUGCCUUUGGUGGUGUCCUCUUUGGAUACGACACCGGUACCAUCAGCGGUAUUCUCGCCAUGAAGUACUGGCGAAGCCUUUUCUCCACAGGCUACAUCAACCCCACAGAUCACUUCCCCGAUGUCACAUCCUCCCAAUCUUCCAUGAUCGUCUCCCUGCUCUCCGCCGGAACCUUCUUCGGUGCCCUCGGUGCCGCCCCCAUCGCAGACAGAUUCGGCCGUCGUCUCGGUAUGAUCAUGGAAAGCUUCGUCUUUGUCUUCGGUGUCAUUCUGCAAGUGGCGUCCACAUCAAUUCCUCUCUUCGUUGCCGGCCGCUUCUUCGCUGGUCUUGGUGUUGGUCUUCUCUCAGCCACUAUCCCCCUUUACCAGUCUGAGACUGCACCUAAAUGGAUCCGUGGUACUAUUGUCGGUGCUUACCAGCUGGCCAUCACAUUCGGUCUUCUCUUAGCUGCCAUUGUCAACAAUGCUACCAAGGACCGCAUGGAUACUGGCUGCUACCGUAUCCCUGUCGCGAUUCAGUUCGCUUGGGCAAUCAUCCUGGUUACGGGUAUGAUUAUGCUCCCGGAGACUCCUCGCUUCCUGAUCAAGCGGGAUAGGCACGAGGAAGCUCUCAAGUCUCUCGCUCGUCUUCGCCGUAUGGACGUUAAUGACCCCGCUAUUGUCGCCGAACUGUCUGAGAUCCAAGCCAACCACGAAUUCGAAAUGCGUCUCGGUAAUGCAUCCUACAUCGAGAUCUUCAGGGGAUCUAUUGGAAAGCGUCUUGCUACCGGCUGUGCGAUCCAGGCUCUCCAGCAGCUCGCCGGUGUCAACUUCAUCUUCUACUAUGGCACCACAUUCUUCCAAAACUCCGGCAUCCAGAACUCCUUCGUGAUUACUCUGAUCACUAACAUCAUCAACGUGGUGUCUACCUUCCCAGGCCUCUACAUGGUUGAGAAAUGGGGUCGUCGUCCCCUCCUCCUCUUCGGUGCAGUCGGCAUGUGCGUCUCGCAGCUCAUCGUUGCUAUUGUCGGCACAGCCGCAAGCUCAACAGUCGCUAACAAAGUCCUCAUCGCCUUCGUCUGCGUCUAUAUCUUCUUCUUCGCUUGCUCCUGGGGCCCGGUCGCCUGGGUAGUUACUGGUGAACUCUUCCCCCUCAAGGCUCGCGCCAAGUGUCUUUCUAUCACUACUGCUACCAACUGGUUGCUUAAUUGGGCUAUCGCCUACGCUACUCCCUACAUGGUGAACAGUGGACCCGGAAACGCAAACCUCCAGUCUAAGGUCUUCUUUAUCUGGGGCGGAUUCUGCUUCAUUUGCGCCGUCUUCGUGUAUACUUGUAUUUACGAGACCAAGGGAUUGUCGCUUGAGCAGGUGGAUGAACUCUACGCCAAGGUUUCUGUCGCUUGGAAGUCUGUUGGCUUUGUGCCGAGUGUGCAUUAUACGGAUGUGAGGGAUAUUGCGGGUGAUGUUAAGAAUGGCACGCUGGCUCAGUUGGAAAGCGACGCCAAUGAGAAGAGGAGCGGAGAGCAUGCUACUCAUCAUGAGAGCAUUGCCACUAAGAUGGAAGUUUGA